CUGCAGCUCUUGCACUUCUGGCUCUUCCUGGCCAUCUACCUGGCUGCCCUCCUGGGCAACGGCCUCAUCAUUACCACCAUCACCUGGCACCACCAACUCCACACCCCCAUGUACUUCUUCCUCCUCAACCUCUCUGUUCUUGACCUGGGCUUCAUCUCCACCAUUGUCCCCAAAGCCAUGGCCAAUUCCCUCUUGGACAAUAGGAGCAUCUCCUAUGCAGGAUGUGUUACCCAGCUAUUUUUCUUUGUUUUCCUGAUAUCAGCAGAGUAUUUUCUUCUCACUGUCAUGGCCUACGACCGCUACGUGGCUAUCUGUCAACCCCUGCACUACAGGACCCUCCUGGACACCAGAGCUUGUGCCCACAUGGCAGCAGCUGCCUGGGCCACUGCAUUUCUCUAUGCUCUCCUGCACACGGCCAAUACAUUUUCACUACCCCUCUGCCAGGGCAAUGCUGUGGGACAGUUCUUCUGUGAAAUCCCACACAUCCUCAAGCUCUCCUGCUCACACUCAGACUACCUCAGGGAAAUUGGGCUUCUUGUGGUUAGUUGCUGUUUAGGCUUUGGGUGUUUUGUUUUCAUGCUGGGGUCUUAUAUUGGGAUCUUCAGGGCUGUGCUGAGGAUCCCCUUAGAGCAGGGACGGCACAAAGCUUUCUCCACGUGCCUCCCUCAUGUGGCUGUGGUCUCCCUGUUUGUCAGCACUGCCAUGUUUGCUUACCUGAAGACCCCCUCAAUCUCAACCCCAACCCUGGACCUGGUGGUGUCAGUUCUGUACUCGGUGGUGCCUCCAGCAGUGAACCCCCUCAUCUACAGCCUGAGAAACCAGGAACUGAAGGAUGCUCUCAGGAAAUUAAUGAAUUUAUAUUAUUCUGAAACAAUAAAAUACUUAUUUUGUUCCACACAGAAUUUAUAG